AGUGGUGAAGAUCAAAUGUUAAAUCAAUCAUCACCUCAGAAGCCCAUAUCCCAAUCUAGACUUUGAUACCAUCAAUCAAUACUUUACUGCCACGUGGCAUCCCGGCAAAUCAUGAAUGUGUGGCCGUUAACAAUUUAAAAGUUAAAACCUCAUCCUCUUCUUCAUAUAAGUUAUAUCUUGUCUUGGUACCUUCAUAUCAUUCUCAACUUCUUCAUCUCUUUUUUUUUCACUUGCUUUUCUCUACCGAGAUCAAUGGCAACCGCCUUCUCCACCGUUGGAUCCGCCGUCAACCGUGUUCCGUUGAGGUUGAAUGGGACCAAUGGUGGUGCUGCAGUUCCAAACUCAGGUUUCUUGGGAAGUAACUUGAAGAAGACAAUGAAUUCAAGAAUCACAAACAACAAACAACCAGUCUCCUUCAAAGUAUUUGCAGCCGAGAAAGAGAUCGACGAAAGCAAACAAACCGACAAAGACAGAUGGAGGGGACUGGCGUACGACAUCUCUGAUGAUCAACAAGACAUCACUAGAGGUAAGGGAAUGGUAGAUUCUCUCUUCCAAGCUCCACAAGACGCAGGAACCCAUUAUGCUGUCAUGAAUUCAUAUGAAUACCUUAGUACCGGUCUUCGCACAUACAUGGACAACACUGAGGAUGGAUUCUACAUCGCCCCGGCUUUCAUGGACAAACUUGUUGUUCACAUCACAAAGAACUUCAUGACUUUGCCAAACAUCAAGAUUCCUCUCAUUUUGGGUGUCUGGGGAGGCAAAGGUCAGGGAAAAUCUUUCCAAUGUGAGCUUGUGUUCGCCAAGAUGGGAAUCACCCCAAUUAUGAUGAGUGCUGGAGAAUUAGAAAGCGGAAACGCUGGAGAACCGGCGAAGUUGAUCAGACAAAGGUACCGUGAAGCCGCAGACAUCAUCAAAAAGGGUAAAAUGUGCUGCCUGUUUAUCAACGAUCUUGACGCUGGAGCGGGUAGAAUGGGCGGAACCACCCAGUACACUGUCAACAACCAGAUGGUUAACGCCACUCUCAUGAACAUUGCCGAUAACCCGACAAAUGUUCAGCUCCCGGGUAUGUACAACAAGGAAGAAAACCCGCGUGUCCCGAUUAUUGUCACUGGUAACGACUUUUCGACCCUCUAUGCUCCCCUCAUCCGUGACGGACGUAUGGAAAAGUUCUACUGGGCGCCGACUAGAGAAGACCGGAUCGGUGUCUGUUGCGGUAUCUUCCAGACCGAUGGGGUCUCUAAUGAAGAAGUUACCAAGCUUGUGGACACUUUCCCUGGACAAUCCAUAGAUUUCUUUGGGGCAUUGAGGGCUAGAGUGUACGAUGAUGAAGUAAGGAAGUGGAUAUCCGGUGUCGGGGUUGAAGGAAUAGGGAAGAGGCUUGUGAACUCAAGGGAUGGCCCGGUUACAUUCGAACAACCAAAGAUAACAAUCGCAAAACUUCUAGAGUACGGGAACAUGUUGGUUCAAGAACAGGACAAUGUGAAGAGAGUCCAGUUGGCCGAGACCUAUUUGGAUUCGGCUGCACUUGGGGACGCUAACAAGGAUGCUAUAAGCCAAGGAGCGUUCUACGGGAAAGCCGCCCAGCAGGUUCAGGUUCCUGUGCCGGAAGGGUGCACGGACCCUAGGGCCGAGAACUUCGACCCAACGGCUAGGAGUGAUGAUGGAAGCUGCAAUUAUACUUUAUAAAUUUGUCUAAGGACAUGAGGAUGUUAAAGAGUUCUAUUUCCAUGAAUUGUUGUUACUUGUAAUUGUAAUUUUGUAUGUUAAUUAAUUAUCAAAUAAUUUUGUGGGUGGUUUUAUUUA